AUGACACUAAACACCCAGCAGGAAGCCAAGACGCCCCUGCGACGGCGAGCCAGCACCCCCCUGCCCCUGUCCCCCCGGGGCCGCCAGCCUGGCCUGAGCGCGGCACCUUCCACCUCCACACCAUCCGGGCACCCCCGGCUGGGCCAGUCGGCCUCCCUCAACCCUCCCACCCAGCGACCUGCGCCUGCCCCCGACGGCUGGUCCUCUGACUCCAGCGACUCCGAAGGCUCCUGGGAGGCCCUGUACCGCGUGGUGCUUCUGGGGGACCCCGGCGUGGGGAAGACCAGCCUGGCCAGCCUCUUCGCAGGGAAGCAGGAGCGGGAGCUCCACGAACAGCUGGGAGAGGACGUGUACGAGAGGACGCUCACCGUGGAUGGCGAAGACACCACCCUGCUGGUCAUGGACACCUGGGAGGCUGAGAAACUGGAUGAGAGCUGGAGCCAGGAGUCCUGCCUGCAGGUGGGCAGCGCCUACGUCAUCGUGUACUCCAUCGCAGACAGGGGCAGCUUCGAGAGCGCCUCCGAGCUCCGCAUUCAGCUGAGGCGCACACACCAGGCGGACCACGUGCCCAUCAUCCUGGUGGGCAACAAGGCGGACCUGGCGCGCUGCCGGGAAGUCUCCGUGGAAGAGGGACGCGCCUGCGCCGUGGUGUUCGACUGCAAGUUCAUCGAGACCUCGGCCGCUCUGCAGCACAACGUGGCCGAGCUGUUCGAGGGCGUGGUGCGCCAGCUGCGCCUGCGCCGCCGGGAGGGCCCCCGGGAGCCCCCCGCGCCCCGCCGGCGGGCCAGCUUCGGGCAGCGGGCGCGGCGCUUCCUGGCCCGCCUGACGGCCCGCAGCGCCCGCCGCCGCGCGCUCAAGGCCCGCUCCAAGUCCUGCCACAACCUGGCCGUGCUCUGA